UGCUGACUUUGGACUUGCCAAGUUUUUUUCUGAUGCUAACCACCACAUCACUCAUGUCUCCACUAGGGUGGUGGGAACUUUUGGGUACCUGGCCCCAGAAUAUGCAGAAAGUGGGAAAGCUUCGGAUAAAUCAGAUGUCUUCUCAUAUGGGAUUGUGAUUCUGGAGCUUAUUACUGGACGUCAGCCUCUUUACACAACAGAAUCAGCAAUGAACCAUAGCUUGGUCUCUUGGGCUAGGCCUUUGCUUACACAGGCUCUGGAAGAUGGAAAUUAUGACACUCUUGCAGAUACACGGUUGCAAAAGAACUACAACAAUGAAGAGAUGGCUAGCAUGGUUGCCUGUGCUGCUUCCUGCAUCCGUCACUCGACAUGGCGUCGUCCCCGAAUGAGCCAGGUAGUCCGCGCUUUGGAAGGUGAUGUUUCUCUGUCUGAAGUCAGUGAGGGAAUAAGACCUGGACAUAGCACAAUUGAUGACAGCCAACACCUUAAGCAUAUGAAUAAAUUAUUAUUGAGAUUGUUGAGUCAGGAGAAUAGCAUAAAUUGGUCUAGUGAUAACAGUAGUGAGUAUGGUAUUUAUCCAUCUGGCUCAUGCAUUGAUUCGAGGAUACGACAUGAAAAGAUAGAAAGAUGAGGAACAGAAGGUGUUGAUGGAAGCUUGGGUGAUUGAACCUUUUUUUUUUUUUUUUUAUCUAGAGAUAAAUUACCACUCCUUUUAAGGGAGAUUUUCCAUUGGUUUUUAUGCUUCUAUUUUUUUUCCUGAUUCUUUAUAAAGAAAAAAACAUAGGAAUCUGACUUAUUUUUUUUGGAAAUAACAAUAAUAAUUCAACUUGCCUCUUGAUCUGUUUGUACAAUCUCUUCUCAUCUUGGAGACUUGUGCUGUUGGGAUAGCAUGUGCCACAGGACUUCUA